AUGUCUGACGUCGAGGAGGUUCCCCAGGAGGUCCAGGAGGUCGAGGUCGCCGACGCCCCCGCCGCCAAGGGCGCCAUGUCCAUCGAGGACGCUCUUCAGGAGGUUCUGAAGAAGGCGCUCAUCCACGACGGUCUUGCCCGUGGUCUGCGCGAGUGCGCCAAGGCGCUCGACCGCCGCCAGGCCCACCUUUGCGUCCUCGUCGAGACGUGCAACGAGCCCGAGUACCUCAAGCUCAUCGAGGCUCUUUGCAACGAGCACAAGAUCGACCUGCUCAAGGUGUCUGACCCCAAGACGCUUGGCACCUGGGCCGGUCUUUGCAAGAUCGACCGCGAGGGCAACCCCCGUAAGGUGGUCGGCUGCUCGUGCGUCGUGGUCAAGAACUACGGUGAGGAGUCCGAGGGCCUCAACGUGCUCCUCGAGUACUUCAAGAGCCGCUAA